GGUUGUGUGUUACAUAAUAGCAGCAGACUAGCCUAACGUUACUUCAGUUUACAGUUGACAGAUGCAAGCGGCAAGGGAGAACAAACACAUUCCCACACUAGGCUGGCAGUAGGCUAGAAACAUUUAUCUUAGAAAGCUGACUUAUAAGAACACGACAUGUUCCUGUACAUUUUUGGUCUCAUAGUCUUGCUCUAUGUCUAUCGGUGGUUCAGAGAACUGGGAAGAGUUCCCAACAAAUCUGAGAAGUUUGUGUAUAUCACAGGCUGUGACACAGGUUUUGGGAAUCUCCUGGCCAGACACCUGGACACAAAGGGUUUCCGUGUCAUCGCUGGCUGCUACACAGAGAAGGGAGAGGUUGAGCUGAAGAAGGCCUGCUCCGAAAAACUUACUGCAAUGCAUUUGGAUGUCACUGAUAAUGACAGCAUUAAAAAAGCCACUGACACCAUUAAAACCCUGGUGGGACAGAAGGGUCUGUGGGCCGUGGUCAACAACGCUGGUGUCUCUUUCCCAACUGCUCCCAAUGACUGGCUGGAUAUUGAGGACUUUAAACCAAUGAUCAAUGCCAAUCUGAUUGGGGUUAUUGCCGUUACUUUGAGCGUGUUACCUCUCAUUAAGAAAGCCAAGGGCAGAGUGGUCAAUGUGGCCAGUGUGUUUGGACGGAUUAGUACCAUGGGAGGGGCGUACUGCAUUACUAAGUAUGGAGUAGAAGCUUUUAAUGACAGUCUAAGGAGGAACAUGGCACCGUUUGGAGUGAAGGUUUUAUGCAUUGAACCUGGAUUCUUCAAAACAGCCGUUACCGACUCCAGCAUCUUUGAGACUCAUAUUAAAAGAUUAUGGAAGAGGUUGCCAGAGGAGGUGAAGGAAGAAUACGGCAGUGAUUUCAUAGACAAAACGAAGCUGGUGAUUCACAAGAUUGACAAGAUUCUGGAUCCAGAUCUGAUGAAGGUGGUGAGCUGUAUGGAGCAUGCAGUGGCUGCCGUCCAUCCUCGGACCAGAUAUUCUCCGGGCUGGGAUGCCAAGUUCCUCUGGCUGCCUCUCUCCUACAUGCCGACCUUCAUCUCGGAUGCUUUCGUCUUAAAAAAUUCUAUUAAACCCAAAGUUUCAGUUCUGUAAGCAAAAACAGCAGUGCUACGCUCAUGAAACAUACUAAGACAUGAUGUAACACUACACUAUAUAUAGUUAAGCCCAAUUUAUACUUCUGCGUAGGGUGCGCGCAGUAGGUAUACGCACAGACGGGUACCAUACCAGCCCAUUCUCAUCCCAAGGCGUCAUUUACUGACGCUUUUGACAUUUCGUCUACAUCCAACGCACAUGGCACC